CAAUCCAUACAUAAGACAAAUCCUGUGGGCCUGGAACAUAAGACACCAUAAAAGAAGUCAGAUCUGCUUCAACAGAAAAGACUUCAAAUAUUUUGCAGGAGAACUAAACUUUUGUGGUGGUAUUUUUAUUUGCCAUAAAUAACAAGAACUGAAAGAGCCUAAAUCAACACACAUUUGGAACCAUGUUGGGGAAGACAUUUGAAGUUUCCAAAAUGGCAUUGCUGGCCAAGCUGUGGGCGGUUGGUCCCAAGUCAUUUGCAAAGGCAUUUUCCAGUGGCUAUCUAAUUGGAGAAAUUCUGCACAAGUUUGAACUUCAGGGUGAUUUUUCGGAAUUUUCAGAAAGCAGAGUUUCAAAUGCCAAACUUAAUAAUUUUUCUCGCUUGGAACCGACACUUCACCUUCUGGGUGUGCAGUUUGAUCAGAAUGUGGCCCACAACAUCAUAACGGAAAAGCCUGGGGCGGCAACCAAACUCUUGUAUCAGUUGUACAUUGUUCUUCAGAAAAAGAAGAAAAGUGGACUGACUGGAAUAGAAAUGCAAACUAUGCAACCCCUGGCAAACGUCAGAUACCAAAGUAUGAAAAGUGAGGCUUUUCGAGAUCAACGCCUGAGCAGGAGACGACAAAAUGAAAUAAUGGCCAAAAUCCAAGCAGCUAUCAUACAGAUUCCUAAACCUGCAUCAAAUCGUACUUUGAGAGCACUGGAGGCCCAAAAAAUGAUGAAAAAGAAAAAAGAGGCAGAGGAUGUGGCCAAUGAGAUUAAGAAGUUUGAAGCUUUAAUAAAAAAGGAUCUCCAGGCCAAAGAAAGUGCCUCCAAGACUUCUUUAGAUACAGCAGGCCAGACAACUACUGAUUUGUUAAACACUUAUUCGGAUGAUGACUACAUUAAAAAAAUCCAAAAGCGCCUUGAAGAAGAUGCUUUUGCACGAGAGCAAAGGGAGAAAAGACGGCGGAGACUAUUAAUGGACCAGUUAAUAGCCCACGAAGCACAAGAGGAGGCGUAUCGGGAGGAGCAGCUGAUUAACCGGCUGAUGCGGCAGUCCCAGCAGGAGCGCAGGAUCUCUGUGCAGCUCAUGCAUGUUCGGCAUGAAAAGGAAGUUUUGUGGCAAAACAGAAUUUUCCGAGAAAAACAGUAUGAGGAAAGACGACUUAAAGAUUUCCAGGAUGCUCUUGAUCGAGAAGCGGCUUUGGCAAAACAAGCCAAGAUUGAUUUUCAGGAACAAGCCAUUAGAGAGAAGGAAAUUCAUGAACAGAUCACUGUGGAAAGAGCUCAAGCUCGUUACAAAAAGCAUUAUACAAUAUGUGCAGAAAUUUUGGAUCAAAUACUUGAUCUUUCCACUAAAGUGUCAGACUACCGGAUGUUGACAAAUAAUUUGAUUCCAUAUAAGUUGAUGCAUGAUUGGAAGGAACUGUUUUUUAAUGGAAAGCCCAUAUACAAGCAAGCCUCUAUUAAGCAACUACCAGCCACGCCCUCUGCAGAACAAGUUAUAGAACUGGAGAAGAGGGACUUGCUGGAUAGCAAUGAUUAUGAAGAAUAUAAGAAUAUGGUUGGAGAGUGGGCUUUACCAGAAGAAAUGGUUGAUAAUUUACCACCCUCCAACAAUACCAUAUUGGGUCAUGUGAUUCACAGAUUAAUUGAAAAAUCUCAUCCUCCUCAAGUCAAAUCAACAGUACUAGAAUUACCUUCAUUUGCUAUUAAAGGGUGCUUAGUUGGAAAAACAUUUAGUGGAAAAACUACUGCUCUAAAGGCUCUACAAAAAGACUUUCCUAUUCAGGUACUUUCUAUUGACACUCUUGUCCAAGAAGCAAUCAAAGCAUUCCAUGACAAUGAAAAAAUCAGUGAGGCUCUACCAAUUGAGAAAGAAGCUGAAGAAAAGUCUCUACCAGUUCUGCAAGAGAAGAACAAAGAAAGCCAGGAUCUACAGAAUGCAUUUUCACCUCAUCCAGUUUCAGAAGAAGCGUUACCAGAAACAGAAGAUAAAACUAUACUUAGUACUGAUACAAAUAAAACUCCAAAAGCUGAAGAAGUCAAAUCAAGUGAUAGUUUCUCUGAACUGACUGUGCGGGCUCAGCUUGGUGCAAAAUCAGAAAAGAUGCUGAAGAAAGGAAAGAGCAUUUCUGACAUGUUGCUAGUUAAUAUCUUGGUAAAUGCUAUUAAUGAGGUACCUGUGGAUCAAGGCUGGGUCUUGGAUGGUUUUCCAAUGACGUUAAACCAAGCAAAGCUUCUGGAGGAAGCUCUCACGGGCUACAACAGAGAGGCCCUAGAACUGGAAGAAAAAAAAACACAAAUACCCACAUUGGCUGUUGAUGCUAGCACCUCCAAAGAAGUGCCUCUUCCCCCUUCUGCAUUUGACUUUGUCAUGUUAUUAGAUAUUUCAGAUAAUUCCUUGCUGGACCGCAUGAAUUACACAAUGGCUGAAGCAUUUUCAAGUGAAACUUCUCAUGAAGACAUCACUCAACGUGUAACUGCUGAAAAGCAAGAUAUGAAUGAGGACCAGAAUUUAAGAGACCAGAUUCAGCACAGAAUUAUAGGCUUCUUGGACAACUGGCCUUUGUUGGAGCAAUGGUUUACAGAGCCAGAAAAUAUUUUGAUAAAUAUCAAUGCUGAAGUAGAUAAAGAGUCUUUAUGCAAUAAAGUAAAAGAAAUGUUUAUGACUGAAAUAAUGAAAAAAGAGAAUAAAGUUAAAAAGAAAUUAGAAGAAAAGGAAGCUGAGAAAAAAGAAGUUCCCCUGGGUGAGCCUCCGCCUCCUCCUCCUCCCCCUCCCCCUCCUCCUCCUGAGCCAGAAAAAGAGAAGGAAACCCAUCCUCAACGAGAGCAUUCAAAAACUCCUACUGCAAAAGGGAAACCACCAGCAGAACCCUUGACUGGUAAGCCAGACUCUCUUCAGGAAGGAAAAGGAAAGAAAGGGGACACUUCACUCAAAAGAAAAGGUUCUCCUAAAGGAAAAUCACCAGGAGGGAAAGGACCACUAAAGAAAUCACCUGCUGAUUCUACAGACAUGUCACCUGUUCCCAUAGUGCCACCACCACCCAAGCCAGGAUCAGAAGAAUGGGUCUACGUGAAUGAACCAAUUCCUGAGGAAAUGCCUUCAUUUUUAGUGCCUUACUGGGAACUAAUCGAAAAUUCCUACAUAAACUCCAUCAAAACAGUACUCAGGCAUCUGAGAGAAGAACAGCAUAGUGUGGUUGCUUACUUAUACGAGGUUAGAACAAAUUUCCAGCAGUUUCUAUGGCGUCCAGAUCACAAGCAAGAUUUUGUAUCUCAAUGGCAGGCUGAUUUCAAUGCUCUUCCUGAUGACCUGUGGGAUGAUGAAGAAACAAAGUCUGAACUACACCAAAGAGUAAAUGAUUUAAGAGACCGCCUGUGGGACAUCUGUGAUGCCCGGAAGGAAGAAGCAGAGCAGGAGCGUCAGGAUAUCAUUAACGAGAGCUGGUUGCAAGACUCAAUCGGAAUAACGAUGAACCAUUUCUUCUCACUAAUGCAGACAGAACUGAACCGUUUCCAAGAUACAAAGAGACUCCUUCAAGAUUAUUACAGGGGAAUGGAAUGCAAAAUUCCAAUCGAUGACAGUAAGAGAUUUACUCGAAUCCCGUUGGUCCAGCUGGAUAGUAGUAGAGACAUUUUGGAAAGCCAACUCAGAAUUCCUCUAAUUCCACGAAUAUCCAUUUCCCCGGAUUCCGCUAUGACCAAACCAAAAACAAAGGCCAUACUAAAGGGCAAGAUCGAUUACUCGCUGGAAAAUGUGGAGUUAAACUUUGAGGCAGAUGAGAAGUUGGUGAUGGACACCUGGCAGCAGGCUUCUUUAGCAAUAUCUCACAUGGUGGCUGCUGAAAUUCAUCAGAGGCUCAUGGAAGAAGAAAAGGAAAACCAACCAGCAGACACAAAAGAAAAAUCUCCUCAGAUGGGGACAAAUAAAAAAGCCAAAGAGGAACCACCCAAGAAAGAAAAGGCAGACAAAAAAGCAAAAGGCAGAUCCCCGCCGACAGCAGAAGCCACGCCUGUGACAGUCACAGCAGAGGAGAUUACCCAAAAGGAGAAGAGAAACGAACUGAUGCUCAAAAUCAAGGAAGAGCACCUCGCUGCCCUGCAGUUUGAAGAGAUAGCCACACAGUUCCGGCUUGAACUGAUAAAGACAAAAGCAUUGGCUUUCCUUGAAGAUUUACUAACAAAGGUGGUCGAUGUAUAUAAACUCUUGGAAAAGUGGCUUGGUGAGAGGUACUUGAAUGAAAUGGCCAGUGUGGAAAAAUUAACUGAGGUGGCCCGUUAUCACAUUGAAACAUCAACAAAAAUUCAGAAUGAACUUUACCUAGACCAAGAAGAUUUCUUCAUUAAUGGAGAUCUGAAAGUCUUUCCAGAUCCCCCUCCCCCAGUGCGCCCCCCACCUGUGGAAAAGGAAGAAAAUGGCACCCUGACCAUCGAACAGCUUGACAGUCUUAAAGAUCAGUUCUUAGAUAUUGCACCCAAAGGCAUAAUAGGACAUAAAGCAUUUACUGACAUUCUGCUGGAUCUGGUAACCCUGAACCUUGGAACAAACAACUUACCUAGUAGUUGGAUGCACCUCACGCAACCAGAAUUGCAGGAGUUAACAUCUUUAGUAAUAGUAAAUUCGGAGUUUGUGGACUGGCGGAAAUUCCUAUUAGUAAUCUCGAUGCCUUGGCCCAUCCCCAUGGAGGAAGAGCUCCUCGAAACCCUGCAGAGGUUCAAGGCGGUGGAUGAAGAGCAGUUGGGCACCAUCACUUUUGAGCAGUAUAUGCAGGCUGGUCUGUGGUUUACAGGAGAUGAAUAUAUAAAAAUUCCAGAAAAUCCUCUUGAACCUCUGCCGUUCAAUAGGCAGGAGCAUCUUAUAGAGUUUUUCUUUAGGCUAUUUGCUGACCAUGAGAAGGAUCCACCUCAACUUGACUACACACAGAUGCUGCUCUAUUUUGCUUGCCAUCCAGAUGCUAUGGAAGGGGUCUACAGGGCCCUCAGUGUGGCCAUAGGAACUCAUGUCUUCCAACCAGUCGAAACUAUUGCUAUUAUUGGAGAAAAGUCCUCCUCCUUGACUGAUGCAAGUCCAGUUGAGGAGUAUCCUGAACUCGAGGGAAACUUUAUGCAUGAGGAAGGAGAAUUAAAAGAAGACAGGGAGGAAAAGGAAGUAGAAAUCCCUGAGAAUGCAAACACUGAAAAGAUAUCCCUGGAAAGACUACUCAAAGUGUUCCAAGGAGGAAAAGAAGUACAGGAUGCUAACAGAUUCACCAGCCACCUACAGAUAGAGAACACUUACUCAGAGAACUUCGUAAAAGUAUUUCAAGACCUAGGUGCCAAGGAUCUGGAGCCAGUUGAAGUUGCUGUUCUCUUGAAGCAUCCUUUUAUUCAAGACCUGAUUUCAAAUUAUUCAGACUAUAAAAUCCCUGAUAUUAAAAUAAUUCUCCAAAGGAGUGAGCAUGUACAAGGAAGUGAUGGAGAAAGAUCUCCUUCAAGACUUACAGAGGAAAAGAAAUGAAGACAAGGGUGUGAUUUUUAUAAUUUGGCAAUGGAUCUUCCAAACAUGAAAUGUAAACAAGGUGUUUGUCAUACGUGUUGUCAUUAGAAGUAUAGAAAUGACCCCUACCAAGUUAUGAAGAGUAAUGAAAAAGGGGCCUUCUUUAACCCAGAGAAUAUUCUAUAAUAAACCUUAAUUACAGAGCAAAAAUCCUAAGAAGGAAUUCAUUUUGAAGUGAUUCUGAAUAGACGGCACCAGGACAAUAUGUUCAAAAAUAAACACAAACGUAAGUCAUGAAAGUCCCCGUGAGAAGUACUUACAUUAGGCAAACUUAGUGAAAAUCCCCCGAAGUUCCACAUCAGGGAAGUAUUGAUACAUACAUUUCAUCAUUCUUGCUCCAUGUGCAGUAGAAUUCUGAGGUUCAUCCCACUAGCCGAAGAGAAGAUUGUGUUAUCAGCUGCUGGUACGGCCAUGCUCCUAUCAUCUAUUCCUAAUAGAAUAUAAUGUUUCCUAUCUAGAUAGAUGUAUUUGCACAAUUAUAUCUUUUUAUUUGUGUAAAUUAGUGACUCAAAGCCAGUGAUACUUAUCUCAAGACAAAAAAAAAAAAAUUUGUGAGUGAUAAUGCAUUCUCAGUGGUGGGCCUUAUGUGAAAGAAACCCCUGCUUGAUCUCCAUCCCUCCUGGCUGCUCCUUCUGAGAAUCCCUGGCUUCUGGAUCCUCCUUUUUCACUCAACCUCCAAAUAUUGGAGGACCUCAGAUCUCAGCCUUCUCCAUCUACAGUCAAUCCUUGGAUGACUCAACCAUUUCCAUUAGUUUGUGGGUAUUAUAGAGGCUAACACUGAAAUUUCCAUUCCCAUCAUCCCCCAGAAUCCAAACUUCAGUCAUACCGUCCAUUUGAUUAUAUAUCUUAGUCAUUGUAAACUCAAUCUGUCCAAGCCAAUGCUGGGGGCCUUUCUUAAUAUAAGUGAGGUCUUGUUACCCCUCAGCUCCAACCCUCUCUCAGCAUCCUAUCUCAUGCAGCCCCCAGCCCAAGUUCUCACCUUGAGCUUACUUGUUACCUCUCUGAUCUUAUCUCCUACUGUUUUGCCCUUUGCCCACUCUACUUAAGUGACAAAUCCACCUUGUUGAACCUAGAACACACCAGCACACUUCGGUCUCGGGUCCUUUGUAUGUACUUUUUUCUCUGCCUGGAAUGAUUUUCUCCCAAAUAUCUGCAUGGCUUGUUUUAGGUGCCUGUUUAAAUGACACUUUGUCAGGAAGCCUUCCUUCAACACAUAACAAACUAGACAUAACCCGCAACCCAACACAACAUAUUAUUUUCCAUUGUACUUAUCAACAUCUGACAAACUACGUUUAUUCUUUUGUUUGCCCAUCACUCCACUAGGUUGUAAGUUCCAUGAAGUCAGAGAGUCUCUUGUAUUUUCUUCAUUGCAACGCUCUUAGACCUAAGACUAAACUCAUAGCCAGCUUUAAGUUGUAUUAAUACAUUUGUGCAAAAUGUGUGGAAAUAUCACAUUAGGAUUGAUCACUAAAACAACAAGAAAUCCAAAGACAAUUUCUAUUGUUAUUAAUAAUUAUAUUCUCUUUCAGAGAGUUAUACAUCUCCUUAGUUUACUUCCUGUGGGCUCCAUUACCAGAAUCCUUAUCUUCAAAAUGUUGGAGGAUGGUGGUGACCCAGAAGCACAGGAAUGGAAAAGAAAUUCUGCCAGAGAUUUCCAAAUUCAAUCUAGCUGGUUCACAUGCAAUUCCAGUUAUUACCAGAUAAUUCUAGUUAUUCUAGAGAAGGGAGGAGAAGAAUAACUGAAAAUCAAAUUCAAACAAGUAAAAUAUGAUGAGGAUGCAGGCAAUAAACGAAUCCACAUUUCAUCAAGGAUUGAACAAGGCAAGGCAACAGUACUUUGCAAUAGAAAAAAAAUAAAAGCAGAGCUAACAAUAUCCCUCGCUCUCCUAAUGUUCUUGCACAACAUUGUUAAAUAAGGAAAUUGCAGAACUGUCCUCCUGGGGCCCAUUGACUCAUCUAAGUAGUAGGAGAACAACCACCACAUGAAAGGUCUCCCUGGUGGGUAUUCGCUACCAUGUCACAAUCUCUUAAUCAUCACCAAGACUGAGCAGAUGUGACUGGGCAUUACCCAAAGCUGUGAAAGGAGCUCUCCCACACAGGUCCUAGAGCAGACAAAGCGUGGGACUUCACAUCGAAACCAGAAGCUGUAUGGGAUUCUCCCAGACAAAGGAAGAAUGUGCUAGAACUCAUCUACCUGAGGACCUCUCAAGUCUUAAAAGUCUAGAAAAUGCCUAACUAUCUUCAAAGGAUUUUGGUGCUGCUUUUGCACUAAAUAUUGCUAUGUCCUCCAGCUACUACCUUUGUAGCUGGAUAUCAGCUACCUUUCUCUGGAUAUCACUGUGGCCUUUACAGGAUUAUUCAUAAUACCCUUGGGAACAAAGUCAACAAUUAUGGACUGAGUGCAAGGACAAGUGAGUUUGGAACCAGUGGAGGGACACAAAAGAUUCAUCACACAAAUUAUUCAUUAUGUGCCUUCCUCAGUGGACUGCCAGCUAGCUACAGGAACUACUACCCCUGUCUGUCUUACUGAUCUCUAUGAUGCAAAACAUCAACAAAGACAUUCAAAAAGGGAUCCAGGAUCCAGGUGAACUGUAAUUAUGGCAGAUAGUGUUGGAAGAGAUUUGAAUUAAACUAUGUUUAAUAAGAGAAAGAGGACCCAAUAACAAGUUUAAGGGACUAAUAUAGGUGACUAUAGAUAGUAAUAGCUGCUAGUUUUGAGGGUUUACUAUGAGGCAGGCAUGCCACCGAGAGCUUUCCAAGCAUUGUCUCCAUUAGUUCUCACAACCCUGUAAGGUAGGUACUCUUAGGAUUGCCAUUUACAUAGAAUGAAAACGACAUUCGGAGAGAUGAUUAACUUGCCCUAAGUCACACAGCUGGUAAGUAAUAGAGUAGGAACUCGAUAUUAACACCAAAAGCCAUCCUCUUACCCAUUUUGCUCAACUUAUAUACAAAAAAAAAAAAAAAAUUGCACAA